AUGGGAUACUAAAUCUUGUAAAUAGCUCUCUUUCUUUAAAAUGGAUACUGCAAGAAUAGAUAUGCUUACAAUUUCAAGUAGAGCAAUACAGCAACUAAUUAAUUAAAAAUUGUCUUUUUCAUUCAAAAAUAUAUUUACAUAUAAAAAUUCUCUACUUUAACUCUAUUAGCUUAAACUAGUUAUAAUAUCAUAAAUUUAUGGGAUUUAAAAACCUUAAAACAGUAAUAAUUUGAAAUGGAUGGUCAUUCUUAUUCUGGUUAUAAAGUAUGUAUUCCUCAGAUGGUUUCCAAAUGGUAACAGGAUCAUCGGUUGAAAUAAUUAGAUGGGAUUUGGUUGAAUUAAAAAAGCUUGAUAUAUUAAUGAAGGGUUAAAGACUUCCAUCCCUAUUUUUUAAUUCACCUUAAUAAUCAAUAUUUUAUCGCAAAGGGUGAACAAGAAUUCUUUCAUAUCUUGAAAUUUAAUACUAAAUAUAUUACUGAAUUUGGUGUUAACCUAUCUGGUAAUAAUAAUUUAGCUUAGAUUAGAAUCUACUUAUUUGGUAGAUUGAUAAAUCUAAAAUAUUUCUUUUGAAUUUGGAAAAAAUUAGUAAAUAGAAAUAAUUACCGUUUUAAUCCGAUUCAAAGAUUCAAUCAAGAACGAUUAUACUUUCAACAAACUUGCUUAUAAGAAGCAAUCCAUUAGAGUUUAUUUCCGUAAACAAUAAAUUAGAGUUAAAAAAUGAAUAGAUUGUUGGUAUAUCAGUUAGUUAAAUAAGGAAAAUUGCAUUUUGUGCUAUUUCAUUAAUGUUGGCUUUACAAGAUUAAUCAUAUUCUCUUAAUAUCUGGUUAAUUGAAAAAAAAUAAAAAUAGCUAAUUUAUUUUCUAAUGAAAAAAUAUUAAAAUUUUAUCAAUGAAUUUUUCCGAUAAUAGUAAGAUAUUAAUUUCAUGUCACAUUGA